CCCCUCGGGCAGUGAUUCCUGCGGACCCGGCUGCCACCGUGGCGGGGGUCCCGGGCUGCGGCGCCGCCGGGGAAGCCCCCUGCGGUGCCGGCUCCAGCAUGGCCCCCCACCCCUGCUGCUGCUCCCCCGGUGGGGUGCGGAGGAGGCUGCCCCUCCUGGCCUGGCUGCCCAGCUACUCUGUGCAGUGGCUGAAGAUGGACUUCAUCGCCGGGCUCUCGGUGGGACUCACGGUCAUUCCCCAGGCACUGGCCUAUGCUGAAGUGGCCGGACUCCCACCCCAGUAUGGCCUCUACUCCGCCUUCAUGGGAUGCUUCGUGUACGUCGUCCUGGGCACCUCCCGGGACGUGACCCUGGGCCCCACGGCCAUCAUGUCCUUGCUGGUGUCCUUCUACACCUCCCACGAGCCCGCCUAUGCCGUGCUGCUGGCCUUCCUGUCCGGGUGCAUCCAGCUGGCCAUGGGGUUCCUGUGUUUGGGCUUCCUGCUGGACUUCAUCUCCUGCCCAGUGAUCAGAGGCUUCACCUCCGCUGCCGCUGUCACCAUCGGCUUCGGGCAGAUCAAGAACCUCCUGGGACUGCAGGACAUCCCCAGGCAGUUUUUCCUGCAGGUGUACCGCACCUUUCUCAGCAUUGGGGAGACCAGGGUGGGGGACGCCGUCCUGGGCCUGGCGUGCAUGCUGCUGCUGCUGGCGCUGAAGCUGAUGCGGGACCACAUGCCCCCCGUGCACCCCGAGAUGCCCCUGUGCGUGCGGCUCAGCCACGGGCUGGUGUGGACGGCCACGACAGCCCGCAAUGCCCUGGUGGUCUCCUGUGCCGCCCUGGUCGCAUACUCCUUCGAGCUGACCGGACACCAGCCUUUCGUUCUCACUGGAGAGACGGCCGAGGGGCUCCCUCCAGUGCGACUCCCUCCCUUCUGGGUGACCACUGCCAACAGGACAGUCUCCUUCACCGAGAUGGUACAGGACAUGGGGGCUGGGCUGGCUGUGGUGCCCCUGAUGGGCCUCCUGGAGAGCAUCGCAGUGGCCAAAGCCUUUGCCUCUCAGAACAGUUACCGCAUCGACACCAACCAGGAGCUGCUGGCCAUCGGCCUCACCAACGUGCUGGGCUCCCUCGUCUCGUCCUACCCUGUCACGGGCAGCUUUGGACGGACGGCUGUGAAUGCCCAGUCGGGGGUGUGCACCCCAGCAGGGGGGCUGGUGACCGGUGUGCUGGUGCUGCUGGCGCUGAGCUGCCUGACCCCACUCUUCUACUACAUCCCCAAGGCCGCGCUGGCCGCCGUCAUCAUCGUGGCCGUGGCCCCGCUGUUCGACACCAAGAUCUUCGGGACGCUGUGGCGCGUGAAGAGGCUGGACCUGCUGCCCCUGUGCGUGACCUUCCUGCUGUGCUUCUGGGAGGUGCAGUACGGCAUCCUGGCGGGGACCCUGGUGUCUGUGCUGCUCCUGCUGCACUCCGUGGCCCGGCCUGAGACCCAGGUGUCAGAGGAGCCUGUUGUUAUCCUGCAGCCGGCCAGCGGCCUGCACUUCCCGGCGGUCGAGGCCCUGCGGGAGGCGAUACUGAACCGGGCCCUGAGAGCAUGCCCACCGCGCUGUGCCAUCCUGGACUGCACCCACGUCUGCAGCGUUGACUACACGGUGGUGCUCGGGCUCAGCGAGCUGGCGGAGGACUUCCGCAGGCGGGGCGUCCGCCUGGUCUUCCUGGGCCUGCAGGUCCCCGUGCUGCGUGUCCUGUUGUCUGCUGACUUGAAAGGGUUCCAGCACUUCUCCACCCUGGAGGAAGCAGAAAAAUUCCUGGAACAAGAGGCGGGGACCCAGCCCUCCAACGGCAGUGAGGACCCCGUCCCUGAGCUGAGGGCUGCCCUCCUGAAGGCCUGAUGGGGCGCUCGGGGUUUGCGGGGCAUCCUGGGAGGUUCUGUCCCGUGAGUGGACGCUGGACACCAUCUGAUGGCCUCCGAGGCUGCACAGUGACUCCGUGGAGGGCAGGGGAACCCGGGGGCCCCAGUGAGGACCAGGGGUGUCUGUGGGCAUGGCCUGGGCGUGGACCUUUCUGGGGAGAGCCCAGCAGGACUGACCACUGAGAACGCAGGGGUCGGGGCCUCCUGGUGUGGGCGGGGCCAGGGCCUGGAGCCCAUGGGAGCUCUGGGAUUCCUGCCCUCUCCCCAGGCCCGAGCUGGGCAGGUGUGGUGGGAUUGUGGCGUCUUGGCCACAUCUGAUCUGGACACGGCAUCCACGAUGUCGGUGGAGAAACCAGGCUGUGCCGAGCGAGGGCGAGCCUCUGUGUGAACAUAAUUGUGGUUUUUAAUGAAGUAACGGCUCUGGAGUUUUUGUACCAAUCACAAAUGCUCCUUGUAAAAACACGGAAACCAUCCCCGCCAGUCCAUGGUGGCCGCUGCUGGACCCCUGUCCCCAGGUGUCGCGUGUCCCUAUCGGCAGGUGGGCCCUGCAGAGAUGGGACCGUCUCAGCCCCGGUGCUAAUUAGAAUAUCAUUAUAAUAAAGUUAGAAUAUUCUAGAAUUAGAAUAUCUUUUUUUAAUUUAUUUUUAAUUUUUUUUUAUUUUUGACAGGCAGAGUGGACAGUAGAGAGAGAGACAGAGAGAAAGGUCUUCCUUUUUGCCGUUGGUUCACCCUCCAAUGGCCGCCGCGGUAGGUGCGCUGCGGCCAGCGCACCGCGCUCAUCCCAAGGCAGGAGCCAGGUGCUUCUCCUGGUCUCCCAUGGGGUGCAGGGCCCAAGGACUUGGGCCAUCCUCCACUGCACUCCCUGGCCACAGCAGAGAGCUGGCCUGGAAGAGGGGCAACCGGGACAGGAUCGGUGCCCCGACCGGGACUAGAACCCGGUGUGCCGGCCCCUCAAGGCGGAGGAUUAGCCUAUUGAGCCGCGGCGCCGGCUUAAAAUAUCAUACUAAAGUUACCCUGGCUGACCUUCACUCCCAUCAUGCACCUGAUGCCAUGGUGCCGCCAAGACUCCCAAAGAGAGGGCAAGGAAAUGGUGGUGCUCAAGCCCCGCCCCCUAUGAAUAUUCAAGUAAGCCCCGCCUUGGGCACGCAUUGUGGUGCGGUGGGUUAAGCUGCUGCUUGGGAUGCUGGCAAACCACAUACAGGGCUGGUCUGAUGCCGGCUGCUCUGCUGAUGCGCCUGGGAAGCAGCAGAGGACGGCUGUGUGCCUGAGCCCCCGCGGCGCAGGUGGGGACCAGGGUGGAGCUCCAGGCUCCCGGCUUCAGGCUGGCCCAGCUCUGGCCCUGGCAGCCAGCCGAGCAAAGAGGUAGCAGGUGGAGAUGUCUGUCUCUCCCCCAUCACUUUGCCUUUCAAAAGUAAAUAAAUAAAUCUUUACAAAAUGUACAUACAUCUCUUUUCCUAUCAUACUGCCUUUCAAAUAAGUUAACUAAUUUAUUUAUUUAUUUUUAAAAAUAUUUAUUUAUUUGAGAGGCAGAGUUACAGAGAGAGAGAGAGAGAGAGAGAGAGAGAGAUCUCCCAUCCACUGGUUCACUCCCCAAAUGGCCACAAAGGCCGGAGC